UCUUGUUUACAAGGACCUGUUAACAAACAUCAGCAUAUUUUAGUCUGCUGGAGAAGAACUGUUAUAAUUAACUUCCAGCGCGGACGUUUGCUGUUGUUCUUGCACAGUCACAGGCAGGACGGUUUACAUCACAGGAACAAUGGCUUUUUCAGGAUUAAAUUGUCCCUCAGUGAGCUUCACUUCUUUAUACAAUCGUCAGUCUCCAUACCCUACAACGGACUGUCUCUUGUGGAUAAAACUGGGCAUCUGAAUCCAAAUGAAUAAGGAAUCGGACACUGACCAUUCAGACCCCAGUACUAACGGAAACACAGAUCUGGACCGUAAGAUGAGUGGAACAGAUCUCAAAAGAGAUUUUUCAGAUGUUAAUUACCUCACAGAGAACACUGUAUGCAUGAUUCUGAGUUUCUGCAAGGAAGAAGGGGACUACUCUGCUCUCAUCCGCAUCAUUGGCAAGGUCUUCUCAAAUGCAGAGGCCCUUGUAAGGAGCUUCAGGAAGAAUGAUUCCAAUGCUGUAGAAGAGGACAAGCAUGAGGACCAGAAUGAAGGAAAUGUAGAGAAGAUGGGUGCUUCUGCUGCUGCUGAACUCCCAGAUGAACAUUCUCAUAAAAUCCUUGAUCCCUCUGAAACUACAGUGGAUAUAGAUGCUGUGAGGAGAGUCUAUAAUAGUCUUCUGUCCAUUGAUGAGGUAGAGUCCGCGCUUGUGAACGCUCUGGUUUAUCUGACUCCACAUGUAGAACUUGACCUGGAAUACCUUGACAUCUACAAUACAAACCCAGAUUACCUCAAUAUCUUUGUCAUUGUGAUGGAGAACAGUAACCUUCACAGCCCUGAGUACCUAGAACUGGCAAUGCCUCAGUUCUGCAAGGCAAUGAGCAAACUCCCUGUGUCUGCACUUGCCAAACUCUCCAAAUUGUGGUCUCAUUACAGUCUUCCACAGAUCCGACGAAUAAUGGAGACAUUCCAACAGGUCAUUACUUUCACAGUAGUCAGCAAUGAAUAUGAUAGUGAACAUCUGGUAAAUGAUGAUGAGACUGUUGUGGCUGCUGCUAAGUGUCUGAAAGUUGUAUUCUUCGCAAGUAUUCAGGGAGGUGAUGUGGAUGUUGAGCACAAUGAGGAGGAUGAUGAAGACUCGGACUCUGAUGAACUUACCCUACAUGAGCUUCUCGGUGAGGAGAGGCUCUAUAACAGUGCUCCUCUGGUUGAUCCUCUAGAGAAAGAAUUGGGUGUCAGAACCAUAGACAGCAGAAAGCCCCUCAUCCCAUUUGAGGAUUUUAUUAAUGAGUCGCUGAAUGAGGUGUUGGAGAUGGACAAGGAUUUCACGAUCUUUAAAGUCAAUGCAGAAUCCAAAUUUUCUUUCCAGAGCUGCCCCUUCAUCCUCAGUCCCAUUACCAAGCACCAGGGGUUAUACUAUGAUAACAGGAUCCGAAUGUACAAUGAGCGACGCCUCACGGCUCUGUACAGCAUGGUUCAGGGUGAGCAACCCAACCCCUACCUAAAGCUCAAAGUACGCAGAGAUCACAUCAUUGACGAUGCCCUUGUCAGACUGGAGAUGAUUUCGAUGGAGAACCCUUCUGACUUGAAGAAACAGCUCUUUGUUGAAUUUGAAGGAGAGCAAGGUAUUGAUGAAGGAGGAGUUUCAAAGGAGUUCUUUCAGUUGGUGCUGGAGGAAAUUUUCAAUCCUGACAUCGGAAUGUUCACCUAUGAUGAUGACACAAAACUGUUCUGGUUUAAUUCUUCAUCGCUGGAGAAUGAAGCACAGUACACUCUUAUUGGGAUUGUUCUGGGGCUUGCAAUUUACAACAACUGCAUCCUGGAUGUACAUUUCCCAAUGGUUGCCUACAAGAAACUCAUGGGCAAGAAAGGGACCUACAUGGACCUGUCAGAUUUACAUUCAGUUCUUUACCAGAGUCUGAAGGAGCUGCUUGAGUACGAUGGCAAUGUAGAGGAAGACAUGAUGCUCACCUUUCAGAUAUCACACAUGGAUCUUUUUGGAAACCCAGUUUUAUGUGACUUGGUGGAACAUGGAGAACAAAUCCCUGUUACUAAGGAGAACAGACAGGAAUUUGUGGAUCAUUAUGCUGAUUAUAUACUGAACAAGAGUGUGGAGACACAGUUCAGGGCCUUCAAAAAAGGUUUCCUUAUGGUCACCAAAGAGUCGCCGCUCAAGUAUUUGUUUAGACCUGAGGAAGUAGAGCUGCUUAUCUGUGGAAGCAGGAAUCUCGACUUUGUUGCACUUGAAAAGACAACAAACUAUGAUGGAGGUUACAGCAACGACAGUCAGAUUAUCAAAGACUUCUGGGAAAUACUUCACUCAUUUGGGGAGGAACAGAAGCGAUUGUUUCUUCAGUUCACCACAGGCACAGACAGAGCACCUGUUGGUGGGCUUGGAAAAUUAAAAAUGAUCAUCGCCAAAAAUGGUUCUGACUCACACAGGCUGCCAACAUCUCACACCUGCUUUAACGCUCUGCUGCUUCCAGAAUACUCUUCCAAGGAAGUGCUGAGAGAACGACUCCACAAAGCCAUCACUUAUGCCAAAGGCUUUGGGAUGCUGUGACAUAUGUAGAGGGUUUUUUUUCUGAAGAAUGGAACAUCUCCACAAUGUGCAGAAAUGUCACGGUGCCUCACUAGAACCUUUGAGCCAUGCUCCUGUAUGAAUCUGUCCCACUGAGACGCGUUCAGACACUGUACGGAAGGUUUGCUACAUUUAACGGCAUUUAAAUUAUUUUUUGUUUAUGAGCAAUGUGAACAGUAUUUGAUUUAUGAAACUGUGAAAGUGCACUUAUCCUCUUUUAUUUAGUUUGAUAAACAGUGCUUAUCCAAAUGGAUCUGCUCAGUGACCAGGUCAUAGUAAAAGUGUGGAAAGAAAAUCUCCACCAGCCUAAUGGCGAUUUUAAU